AUGACGACAGGUCCUUAUGACCGGAGAAAUGAACAGCAUUGGAAGAUGAAAUCGAGAGAUACACCUACUGAGGUUGGCGAAUUAAGCUCCUCUGAUCCACAUGGUAAGGGGGAAGAUGCGGUUCAUAUUGAACGCAUAGCUGGUAUGGCAAUGACCGUCCCUCAGCACAAUGACAAGGACGCUGCACUGCGCAUGAGUGAUCAUCAUGAGCCUGCCUCAGCGCACAAACGUUUGGCGAGCAAGAUAGUCACGCCAACAGCUGACGCUAAGAUAUUGGAGAGCUAUGUUACAGUUCGAGCUAAGGGCAUUGUUAAAUCUCUGUCGUUUUCUAGAGAGGAUGGUGAGGGGUUAGCUGGGGAUGAUCAGAUGAUUGGUGCUUUGAAUGAUAUGGAUAUUGAUCCUCAAGGUGAUGGCAUGAUGGAAAAUGAGGAGGAGUUCAAUGAGGAUUUCGAUGACGAUGAUCUCCUUGGAGUGGAGCUGUUGGAGGCUGAGGCAUCGCGUCGAGGGAGUAGGGAGCCAAACUAUGGGAAAAAAUCAUCACGAAGUAAACGGCAAGGCAGUGCUGCUAAUGCUCCUUUGGGCAUUAAAAAUAAGAAAUAUGAGUUCCUUCGUCGAGAUUCUCCAAGUAAUCGUUCAAAGUCUGGAACCAGGGAGGCUAGGGUAUCUAGGAAGCAAGCCAGACAAGGGACACUGAGGAUAAGAGAUACGUCUUCCACACAUGAGCAACAAUCUUCAUAUGUAAUUUAA